UGAGGAUGGUUUCUGCCGUGUUAGUAGCUUUGGGUGCGGUACUCGUAUACUUUGUCUUUUUGAGAAAACCGAGAUGGAAAAAUUCUCCACCAGGUCCAAGAGGAUUACCUUUCCUGGGAAAUUUACUACAGACGGACAAAUUUCAACACCUCACCUUCACCAAGUGGGCAAAGGAAUACGGACCACUUUACAAAGUGAAGUUUGCCUCGUUAAACAUGAUUGUCGUCUCGGACUAUAAAAUGGUGAAGGAAAUAUUUUCCGAGUCCGCAUUCUCGGGACGGAUGGACUUUACCGAUUUCGACUUCAUCAUGGACGGAAAACUGCACGGAAUUAUAAACACCGAGAGCGAACAUUGGGAAGAACUCAGGAGAUUUACGCUCAGACAACUACGCGACUUCGGUUUUGGGAAGAAUUCGAUGGAGGACUCGAUCAUGUUGGAGGUCAACGAGCUGAUCGAGGGACUAAAAGCUGCGGAUGGAAAGCCAGUCAGUAACGUGAAGGAGAGGCUCCUUUUUGCCGUGGUCAACGCCCUGUGGGCCAUUUGCACGGGGGUCCGGCACAAACAUGGUGACAAAGAGUUGAUCGGAAUGACGGAGAAAGCGAACAAAGCAUUCGAAGGAAUCUUGGAGGGUGGUGGAAUCAUGCUAUUUAUGCCAUGGGUUGCAAAAAUGUUCCCAAAGUGGUCUGGAUAUGCUUUAGUAAAGCAGGAAUUGCUCAAUUUUACCAACUUUUUGCGAAAACCAGUCAUCGAUCAUAAGAAGACGAGACAAGAGGACUUUGACCGCGAUUUUACCGACGUAUUUUUGAGAGAAAUUCAGAAAACCACAGAUCCUAGUUCUGCAUUUAAUGGACAAUUAGGAGAAGACAACCUGGCUGCCACUUUGGGCGAUUUAUACUUCGCCGGAACGGACACAACUUCCACAACUUUGUCCUGGAUGAUGAUCUAUCUGAGCAAAUUUCACGACGUCCAGAAACAAUUUCAGGAAGAGAUUGAAUCCAUUACGGGAAAUAGCAGGCCAACCACUGUUUCAGACAGGCCCAAAAUGCCCUACACUGAGGCCCUAAUGGCCGAAACGCUCCGCUUCUCCACCAUCACCCCCCAAGGGGUGCAACACAGGGCCAUCAAGGACCAAGAAUACAAAGGCUACCUCAUCCCCAAGGACACCGUCAUCACCGCAAACGUCUUCCACAUCCACUUCGACCCUAAAAUCUGGGGCGAUCCGGAGACCUUCAGACCCUCCCGAUUUUUAAGUCCGGACGGAAAAACGUUUAAGAAGCAUGAAGCCCUCAUUCCAUUUUCGACCGGGAGGCGCCAAUGUCUUGGCGAAUCUUUGGCGCGAGACAACCUCUUCCUAUUUGCGACCAAUAUUGCGCAAAGGUUUGAAAUUGUGUUCGACAAGGACGGCCCAGAUAACGGAUUCGAGUCUAAAUUAUCCUUCAUUUUAACGCCGAAACCCUUCAAUGUCAUUUUUAAAGAUAGAUUGGCUUAAAAUAAACUAAAAUUGGUAAAGGUG